AUGUCUCGACACGGCCGGGUGGAGUGCGCCGACGAGGAGAUGCCCGGCGGCGGCGGCGCGAGGGCGGCGGCGUACGACGUCUUCAUCAACCACCGCGGCGUGGACACCAAGCACAACGUGGCGCGCCUGCUGUACGACCGGCUGCUGCAGCUCAGCGGCGGCCGCGUCCGCUCCUUCCUGGACAACAAGUCCAUGCGCCCCGGGGACAGGCUGGGGGCGAGCAUCGACGAGGGCAUCAGGCAGUGCAAGGUCGCCGUGGCCAUCUUCUCCAAGCGCUACUUCGACUCGGAUUACUGCCUCCACGAGCUCGCCUCCAUCGUCGAGGCGCGCAAGGUCAUCGUCCCCAUCUUCUACGGCAUCAAGCCCUCCGAGCUCAUCCUGCCGCAGGCCGUCGUCGACUGCGACGCCUACACCCCCCGCGACAUCGAGCGCUUCAGGCUCGCGCUCCGCGAGGCCAAGUACACCGUCGGGCUCGCCUGCGACCCCGCUACAGGUGACUUGGCCGAGCUGGUGAACACUGCAGCGGACGCGGUCAUGGAAAGGAUUCGAGAAACGGAGAGGCUACCACGAAGUCAGAUGAUCGCCUCCAGGCUGUAA